AUGGUUGGUGCGUGUUUCGUAAUUAAUUUCCACGGCGAGGAGAAAAAUGCGAGUCUAAACCCGGGACUACGACACCUGCUCACUCCCGGGCCACUUGUCCUCGGAGGACAUGCCCGUUGUGCCCGUGAAGAAAAUAAGAGAAACAUGGAUCAAAACAGGAAUAGACCAAGCAGACCUCGUCUUCGUUCUCAUGGUAAUUCUGCCAGAGUACUCGUUUUUGAUCAAGCUGAAAGCGAAGAAUCUGCUUGCAGUACUGAAGCAGAAAUGCAAAAAAGGCCAAUUGCGCCUAAAGUGGAAAGUAAAGAGGCUCCAGUUCGACCUGCGUGAUCUUAACAUUCCACGGCGUGCUGCUAAAGCAGCUCAUCGUAAAUCUUUUAUUGCAACAACAUCUCCAACUUUACCACGUUGUCAUUCACCAUUGUCAGGAUUGGUGGAGGUACUACAGGAACUGGAGAUGGCAGAAGAUGGUCAGUUGCUAGCUUGCCAUCUAGCGGUUAUGGAACAACACCAGGUUCCAGUAAUGUUUCGUAUUCGAGCCAAGAACGCUUACAUCAGCUUCCAAAUGUUCCCACUAAGGACGAAUUACGUAUGCUUUCUUGCCAUUUCUCUAAACCUGGUACACCAUGUUCUUCGCACCCAGGCUUCCCAGGUUCUAUUUCUAGUAUUCCAGGCAGUGUAUCUCUUAGUCUCGAUGAAGAAGGUCGUAGAUCGCCAUUACACAGACCACGUUCACGAAGUUUAAGGCAACACAACAGAUGGAGGAACGUUUAACUAAUUUUAUUAAUGAAAAUAAAGAAUUGGAUGAAUAUGAAGUAAUGGCAAAUAUGACUUCUGAUUCUUUACCAAUUUUACGUUUCGUACAUCAUCAAGUAAUCGAAAUGGCGAGGGACUGUUUGCAAAAAUCUCAGGAAAAGUUAAUUACAACUAGAUAUUUUUACGAAAUGAGUGAAAAUUUGGAACAUUUGUUGAUGGAGACAAAGGAUAAAUCACUUGAUGCAGCAACGAGAUUAACGGGACUUAUUAAAAAAUUAUUGUUAGUAAUAUCGCGUCCAGCUCGUCUAUUAGAGUGUUUAGAAUUCGAUCCAGAAGAGUUUUAUCAUUUACUUGAACAAGCCGAAGGUCAAGCAAAAAUUAAUGCGGGAAUAAAAACAGAUAUACCUCAGUAUAUUAUUAAUAAGCUUUCUCUUAAUAGAGAUCCAAUAUCAGAACUCCAAGAAGAUUUAAAUAAAUUAGAAGAUUCGGCAAGUUCGAGCGAUAGUAAUUUACAAAUUGCUUCUAGUCCAAAUAAGGACGAUGAAAAAUCUCAGCGUGUUCCUUGUGAAAGCGAUUACGAAGUAUUGAAACUCAUUAGUAAUGGUGCAUAUGGCGCAGUGUAUUUAGUUAAAGAAAAAACUACACGACAAAGAUUCGCUAUGAAGAAAAUAAAUAAGAACAAUUUGAUGCUAAGAAAUCAAGUAGAACAAGUCUUCGCUGAGAGAGAUAUAAUGAGCUUUACAGACAAUCCAUUCGUAGUUUCUAUGUAUUGUAGCUUCGAAACAAAAAAACACUUGUGCUUAGUAAUGGAAUAUGUCGAGGGUGGAGAUUGUGCGAAUCUUUUAAAAAAUAUCGGCCCAUUGCCACCAGAUAUGGCAAGAUUUUAUUUCGCAGAGACCGUUCUGGCUGUUGAAUAUUUACACAGCUAUGGUAUUGUUCAUCGAGAUUUGAAACCUGACAAUGGCGACAAAUCUCUACGAAGGCUAUAUAGACAGAGAUACGAGACAAUUUUCUGAUAAACAAGUAUUUGGCACGCCUGAGUAUAUCGCUCCUGAAGUUAUAUUACGUCAGGGAUACGGCAAACCUGUUGAUUGGUGGUCUAUGGGCAUUAUACUAUAUGAAUUUCUGAUUGGCUGUGUACCAUUUUUCGGUGAUACUCCAGAGGAAUUGUUUGCUCAUACAGUUAAUGAUGAUAUCGAGUGGCCGGAUGAGGAUGAUUGGCCUGUUCAGCCAGAAGCUAAAGAUAUUAUAACAGCAUUGCUGCAACAAAGUCCUAGAGAUCGUUUAGGUACUGGUGGAUCUCACGAAGUAAAAGAGCAUCCAUAUUUUUAUGGAGUGAAUUGGAAUAGUUUACUCAGACAGAAGGCUGAAUUUGUACCGCAGUUAGUCAAUGACGAGGAUACAAGUUAUUUUGACACUCGUAUGGACAGAUAUAAUCAUGAUAUUGGUGAUGACACCGAUGACACCGAUGAUUCUCCUUUGUUCGGAUCGUUCUCGUCGUAUUCUCCGCAAUCACGGAAAAUAUCUCAGACCCGUCCACCGCAGUUAAAUCCCGAACAAACAGAGUUGGAUGUCUCAAAGAAACAAUUAUUCCGUACUGAGCUUGAACGCACAGUUGCGCAAUUAUCAUUUGGAUCUAAUAGCUCAAUUACUCCUCCAUCCAAAUUAGCGGAAUCGACUCCAUCAGAAAAAAGUCGAACUUCUUCGUCCAUUAAAAAUUCCACGUACAUCGAAACACCUCCAAAGGCGGACAAGUUGAACUCGUUUACGAGUCCUGCCACAGUGACCGGUGAAUCUCAAUUAACAGUUAUUAAGAACAGUCAAGUAGAAGGGACGUCCAUUAGCUUGAGCACACCCGAUUCCUCGCAAACCGAGUCUGAAGAUAUCAGUCCUCAGAUCCAGAGAAAGCGGCACGUGCAUUCUCGUGAUAAGCUGCCCAGGUUCAGUAUAUGCAUUGAUGAUGAACACAUGUUGGAUUUGAUUGCAGCAAACAGAGAUGCAACUGAGGAAAGCAAGCAUAAUUCUAGUACUGAUUCUUUCGAAUCAUUCAGCGCCAUACCAAUUAUCCCAUCCGCGAAACAGAAGUCGCGGUCUGUAAUUAAGUCCGCAUCCACUAGUGGGUUGUCAUUAGUUAUACCAACCAAUGAUGCGUCGUUAAAUACUCAACCUAUCGAAUCUCCCGGUGGAUCAUCCACUGCUUCUUCAAGAGAUACGUCCCCUUGUCGCGAACUGAGCCCGCUUGUAACUAGUUUAAAACCACCUAUUAUCAUUCGAAGAGGACCUUGUGGAUUUGGCUUCACCGUACACACUAUUAGAGUUUAUUACGGUGAUAGUGAUUUUUACACUAUGCAUCACUUAGUUAUGGCUGUAGAUCAAUCCAGCCCAGCCUUUGAAGCUGGUUUAAGGCCAGGAGAUCUCAUAACGCAUAUAAAUGGCGAGCCAGUACAGGGUUUAUAUCAUAUACAAGUACUUCAGCUGAUGUUGAGUGGCGGCGAUCAUGUAACAUUACGUAGCACGCCGUUAGAAAAUACUAGUAUUAAAACAGGAGGAAGAAAGAGAGAUCUGACUCAAAGCAAAAUGGCGCGCAGAACGUUACACAAACAGCGCAAACUGAAACGUGAUCAUUCCGAUAAGAAACGAAAAACGUCCCUUUUUAAACGAAUUAGUUCGAAACGGGCUAGCGUAGAGAUGCAACAGAUGGCUGCGGGAAUUUGUUCACCAUCAAUGGUGACACCUAGUCGAUCGUUCCAGUCGUUCACACGUUCUCAAGAAACGUCACCAUACUUUGCAGCAUGCACAAAGUCCGUCUGUAGCCCGUCACCGCCAACAAAUCGCGUCAGCUCAGAUUCUUAUCACUCCACGGGGAAUUCAAGUCCCUGUUCCAGUCCAAAUUCUUCCUCCCCGGGCUCUACUGCGUCGGCUGCGAAUCUACCAACUAUCGCCAAUCAGUCCCACUAUCAGAGGCCGAGCACACUUCACGGUUUGAAGCACAAGUUGCACACGGCUGCAAAAAAUAUCCAUUCGCCGAAUCGUAGAAAAUCAGUGGGACAUAUACCACUGUCGCCAUUAGCUAGAACUCCAAGUCCAUCGCCUCUUCCAGCUAGUCCUACCAGGAGUCCUAGUCCACUAGCGUUCCCCACGGGACAUCAACCUGGUAGUUCGAAUACCACGCAAUCUUAUAGUCCAGGUGUUUGUUUGUCAACGCCAAACAAUCAGAAAAAAGGUUACGGACGGCCGAAGUCAGCAGAGCCCGGUUCUCCGUUGUUAAGAAGGGCGCUCAGUCCAGACAGGCUUCAUCCCCGAUCCGCGGAGAACAAGACAUCUAUCUCACCGUUGGCGAACACAGUGGUGAAAGUAACUCCACGUACAACUAUAGCGCAAUCUUAUUCAGAAACAUCCGACGAGUGUAAUGAUAGUUUUAAGGAGCCAAACGACUCGAAAGUGGAGAAGAAAGUGCCAACGGAAUCGAAAGCGGAUUAUUCGAAGAUAUCUCAUGGAAUAUCGAUCAACUUGGGAAACGUGGGUAUAUCUAAUUCUUGCGGUAGUACACAGCUGCCUAGAAUAGCAGAAGAAAAGGAUUCACCGACCGGUACAAAAGCCGAUGAUUACUCGAAGGAAGCUUCAGAUAAGAUCGAUAAAAACAAUACAUCUACAAAUAAAUUAACAGACUCGGAGAAUAUCAGUGAGCGAGUUGAAUCGAAGAUGGAGAAGCAGAAUUCGUGUAUAAAGAAUUUAGGAGCAUUAUCUACUAAUAAAAAUGAAGAAGGUGCUCAAUUGGAUAAUUCUUCUAAUGUACAAGCGCGUAGUUUGCAAAAUACGUCUCACAAGCAAUUUCAAAAUAUCGAAAAAUGUUCGCAAGUUUUGCCUCAAAAAGCAUCGUUACAGAGCGGUGAGAAAAGCUCACAAUCUUCAUGUCAAAAGCCAUCAUUGCAAACCAAUGAAAAAAGUUCGCAAUCUUCCGCUCAGAAAGUAUUAUCGCAAGCCAACGAAAAAGGCUUCCUGCAAGGUGUAUUGCAGAAGUCGUCUCAAAGCAACGAGAAAGCGCCACAGACUGCGGUACAGAAACUACAUCAAAACAAUGAAAAAGCAGCUGUGCCUCACAAAGUAGCCGAACAAAAAGCAGCUGGUAAAAGUUCAGAGGCUAAUCCGGAAGGAAGAAAAGUAUUGAAGAAGUACAAAGUUGAAAGCUCUGACGGCUCAAGUAACACUUCCUCUUUGCAACAUAUGAGCGCAACAUUUGAGGCUAUAGGAGCUGGAAAAGACAAGAAAAACAAUUAAAUAAUUAUCGUUCGAUUGAUCGUUCAGAUUUGAGAGUAUAACAAAACAAAAUAUCUGUGUGUAACGAUCAGAUUUUUUUCUGCCAAUGAAAACGAAUCAUCUGUUCUUUUUUAAAACUCGUCUCUCUGCAAUCAAAUUUUACAAAAAAAAGAAAGUCUAACGUCUGAUAGAUGCACGAACAUGCACAUUGUAAAAUCGAGUAAAAUCAGAAAAGUGG